AUGUACGGUUUCAGUCAAAAAUGCCCCUUGGGUUUUGUCAUCAAGAACUUUAACCAAAUUUCAUGCUAUAUCUGCAAUAUACGGUGCAAAUUUUGUUGUGUCGACACAAAAAGACUGUAUCAUGUUCACAUGAGCUACUGCAGACAGAUUGAGGUUGAUCUUGCUGAAAUCAAGCAAGCAUUGCGCAAGCUUCAAAGGCAAUUCAGCAAUCAAUUUGCGCCAGCAGUCAGUGCAGAAGAUCUAACUACAAUGCAACAAAGCAUUAUUGAGCAGAGUUCUCUUGAGCGCAUUGCUGAGUCUGUGAAAAGAGCCCAGCUCACAGAGUACCCUGAUCAGCUCGGUAAGCGAGUAAUAAAUACUGGCGUCGAGUUCAAAGGAAAAAAUGAAGCACAAAAAUACAACCUGUUGCUUCAGAUUCUUCACGAGCAGGACUGGAAGGCGCGCUGCAAAGAAGUUUCACAAGGGCAGCCUUUGCCCCCAUUAGUCCCUCUUUCAGACCAUGAUUUGACAGUAAAAAGACUGCAUCUCAAAACAUUAGGCCGUAUGGUAAAGCAUGAUAUCAUUGACAAAGACUAUCCUGCAGCCUCAAAAGAAUGGAAAAAUAUUCCAGAGAAAAACAGGGAAUACUACAUGAUGCAUUUGGAGAGGUUGGCAAAGAAUGGUAGAUUGCAUAUCCACCAAUAUAAAAGAAUGUGGUGUGCAAGAAGCCUUCUUUGGGAAAGCUUCAAGAGUGACAACCAGACGCACAAGAGAAGAAUAGCAGAGAAGAACAAAACACAGCAAGAUAUAGGUGAUUCUUCACUUUCUUCUCCUGAUAUGUCAGAAACUAGUGAUGUUGAGGCGCCCAUAAUGGCAGAUGUGCUGUCUCCUCUGUUAUCACGUUGCUCUGAUUAUGGCUCAGAUAGGAUCGAUUACCUGACCCCAGUCAUAUAA